AUGCAGGCGUUGUCGGCGCCACCGCCUCGCUCGAGCAGCAUCCCACCUCAGCAGCCGGGGCAAGAACGCUUUCAAGAGUCCCUGUCAUACUGGUUAGGAUCUUUCUCGGAGCACUGGGACGCGCACGCGACUGGCGAGGCGGCAGAUGCCCAGAAUGCCGGCCAAGCCUUUGGGCGGAAGCCCUUCUACGGGGGCGCACUGUUCAACCCCUACGCGCCAGCUUUUGCUCGCGCCGCCAGCGCUGCAGCAUCUGGGGACGACGUGGUGCCUGCAGGCAGCGUUGAGCAGGUGCAGCAGCAGCGUGCGAGCGGCGGCAAUGAGCGGCAGCAGCAGCAGCAGCAGCAGCAGCAGCAGCAGCAGCAGCAGCAGCAGCAGCAGCAGCAGCACGCUCCCCGCAAGAGGGGCCGGCCGCCUAAGGCGCCGCCUGCACGUGCGCCAUCCAGCCACCCGGCCUCUGCGUCGCCCUCCGACGAUAUCGCGGCUGACCAAAUGCUGACAGUCGUGGGUGGCUUGGCACCUGGUGAUGAUGCAGACCAGCAGCAGCAGCAGCACAGCGGCGGCGGCCUGGGGGCAGCUGUGGAGCACGCUCAGCGGCAACCAGGCCGCGCGGGCGUGGCGGCCGACGGCAGCGUGGCCGGGCGCAAGCGCAAGGCGGCGGGGGCAGCUGACGAGGGCGCGGAAUACGAGGAGGCAGCGGAGCUCAGCGCCGACACCACGCUGAGGGUGCCGGAGGCGCCCGUCGCGCGCAGGGGUGGCCGGGCGGCCGACGUCGCUGCGAUGCAGCGGAAGCUGCGCAACAAGGAGUCCGCGCGGCGCUCGCGCGACCGCAAGGCAGAGGUCCAGCGCCAGCGGCUCGAGGCGCUGCAGCACCUGCAGGCGCGCGCGGCGGCGGCGGAGGCGGCGGAGGCGGCGCUGCGGGCGCAGCUGGCCGCCGCGCUGGGGCUGGCGGAGCGGCUGGCGCGGGACCGGGCGGCGCUGGCGGGGGAGGUGCUGCGGCUGGGCGGCGAGGUGGCGCCGGAGCACGGGGAGGAGGUGGAGAUCCCUGCACUUGAGUGGGCGGGCGGCGGCGGCGUGGCGGCGCUGGAAGCGCCGCCCACUGGCAGCGUCGGCGGCGGUGGUGGGGGCAGUCGGGGCGGCGCCCUGGCGGUGCUGCACGCUCCCGGUGGCGGCGAUGGGUUCGGGCCGCCCUAG